AUGAACCCAGGUAUGCACUUUGAUGAUGUGGCCUGGGAAAAAAACACGGAUAUCUAUGAUGACUGGCCAUGCAAUCUCUAUGCUCAGGACGCCUGCAAUGAGAUUCGAAUCUUUCUUUCCGAGCACUAUCGGCCUCGUAAGCAUCAAGAGUUCCGCCCCUUCAAGACAGGCUGUUUCAAUCCGAGCCCCCUGAAGACAUUCACCAAUAAUGGCGGUGCCAUUAUCCGGUUCCCCUUGCCUGAAAAGGUCCGUAACGAGGUCUCCGCCAUGCGAUUUAUUUUGGACAAAACCAAAACUUCAGAUAAAUUCCCAAUCCCAGUGCCUUUCCUCUCUCCCUGGGGACGGAGAAAAGAGAGUCCCUCAAAGUCGGCUCCUUUCAUCAUUAUAGACUAUAUCGAUCACAUGGGAAAUAUGAGAGACCUCCUUGAGAUCCCAAUAAGCCGCCAAAAAGGCGAGCACCUAAUACUCGAUCCCGAUAUCAGCAUUAUCAGGCUGGAAUCUCUCCAUGGAAAACUAGCCAACAUCGUCCUUUCCUUGUCCACACUUGUUUUGAGCCGGAGGAAUGAUGACUCUACGUGGAAAGUGUUACAUCGGCCGUUGUCCUAUUCGAUGAACGAAAUUGUUCAACUCGGGACGUUACCACGGUCGAAACUACCGACCACCACGUAUAAUAAAGCGUCGUCAUACUUUGAAACCCUAGCGGAGCUACAUAUCUCACAUCUUAUAAGUCAAAGGAAUGAUUCUGUUAAAUCGGAGGAUGACUGCCGACGCAAAUUUAUGCGGAGGUUUCUCUUCCGAAAACUUGUCCGAGACAAGAAACCGGCCCUUUCCCACUUUGGUGUGACGACUUUCGACCACAGAACUUCUUGGUUAAUAAAGCUGAAAGUAUCACCGGGGCUGUGGAUUGGGAGUUCACAUAUACCGCCCCCGUCGAAUUUACUCAUUCGUUGCCUUAGUGGCUUCUUCUCGAAAAGCCGGAGUAUUAGCCUAAAGGCCUUGAUGACUGGUGUACGGAGUAUGGGAAAUGACUACAGACCUUUCUUCAGGCGAUGA